ACAGGGCUGACUGGGGGUAGUUUGAGGAGGGAGUAAGAGAUAGCGAGGAGGAGGCACUGUUCAUGGAUCUGUGAGUUGCACGCUCUUUCACUGUUAUAUGGAAGACUGCUCAAGGUGGAUCUGUAUUUUGAAAUGCAGUAAUUUCGGUGUCUGCAUUCAUCUUCCUUCUUGCAAGAGAAGACUCUACUAACUCGGUGUCAAAAACAAGACAAACUCAAUCUCUUCUCUUCCAAAAGAGACAUCUUGGGGCAAGAUUAGAUCCUGGAGUCCCAGAAUGAUGAUUCCACUUCACCAUAGUCAGCAUUUAAUCCGAAGUGUGUAUAGUGAACGGUGAAGGCCUGAGCAACAAUGAAUGAACAGCAGCACUCUGAGCUUCACAUUACAAUAUGGAAGCUGUCGCCAAGUUUGAUUUCACUGCCUCAGGUGAGGACGAACUGAGCUUUCACACGGGAGACAUUCUGAAGAUCUUAAGUAACCAAGAGGAGUGGCUCAAGGCGGAGCUUGGGAGCCAAGAAGGAUAUGUGCCCAAGAAUUUUAUAGACAUCCAGUUUCCUGAAUGGUUUCAUGAAGGCCUCUCGCGACACCAGGCAGAGAACUUACUCAUGGGCCAGGAGGUUGGUUUCUUCAUCAUCCGGGCCAGCCAGAGCUCCCCAGGGGACUUCUCCAUCUCCGUCAGGCACGAGGAUGACGUUCAGCACUUCAAGGUCAUGCGAGACAACAAGGGUAACUACUUCCUGUGGACCGAGAAGUUUCCAUCCCUGAAUAAACUGGUGGACUAUUACAGGACGACUUCCAUCUCCAAACAGAAGCAGAUCUUCCUGAGGGACAGGACGCGAGAAGAUCAGGGUCGCCGGGGCAACAGCCUGGACCGGAGGUCCCAGGGAGGCCCACAGCUCAGUGGGACUGUGGGGGAAGAAAUCCGGCCCUUGAUGAACCGGAAGCUGUCUGAUCAACCCCCACCUCCUCCCUUGCAGUUCUACCAGCACCCGCAGCCCCCUGCACAGUACCCCCCCGCGCCACAGCCCUCCCAGCAGCGGUACACGCAGCAGCACCAUUUUCACCAGGACCGCAGAGGAGGCAGCCUCGACAUAAACGACGGGCACUGUGGCAUGGGCUUGGGCAGCGAGAUGAAUGCCGCCCUCAUGCACCGGAGACACACGGACCCAGUGCAACUCCAGGCGGCAGGGCGAGUGCGGUGGGCCCGGGCACUGUACGACUUUGAGGCCCUGGAGGAGGACGAGCUGGGCUUCCGCAGUGGAGAGGUGGUCGAGGUCCUGGACAGCUCCAACCCGUCCUGGUGGACCGGUCGCCUGCACGACAAACUGGGCCUUUUCCCGGCCAACUACGUGGCACCCAUGAUCCGGUGAGCCCUCGGGGCUGAGGGCUGUGUCUGAAGCUGCCUGUAAGAAGAGAAUGGCAAGAGAAGAAAGCUGGACUGCCUCUAGUGCACGCACGCGCACACACACGUCUGCACGUGGGUACGGGUGCCUGUGCACACGGCGUGCUCUCAGUGACUGACUGGCAACUGGGUUGGCUCGUUGUUGAUAUGGAAAGGGACUCAGGUGGAGAAUGGUUCUUACUUUUUGACCCAGAAGACAGUGAGGGAACUGGGAAGUGGGUGGGGAGGACAGGAAAAUGAAACAAAACUUCUUCCUGCCCUGAGUGCUCUCAGCUGCCUCCUUGUCUUGGGAAUUUCCACGGAGAGUAGCUAAGCAGCGGCCAUACCUUAGUGGACGUGUCCUCACACACCCACAAGCCCCAUCCCCUGAGGGGGUGCCUUUCCUCCCCUUCUCUGAGGUGCGGGCACUGCGACGUUGAGAAUUAAGGUGCAGCCAGUUUGAGGUGGGACAGGAGCAGCAGUGUGGGAAAGGGAAAAGCCCCUGCCUGGGAAGGCUGGCCUCCUGCCCACGCCCAGCCUUGCCAAGACUUGGACCUCCAUCCAGUGAAUACUCCUGGUGAUCCUCUUCCCUGGGAGGACGGCAGAGGCUUCAACACAGAGAGCUCGAGAUACCAGCUAGGCUGCAGAGCCGAGAGCUGGGCCAUGAGGAUUUCCACAGGCCCCUGUGGUUUACCCGGCUCUCACCUGUUUCCCCAGCUGCAAAGACAGCAGCAGCAAAGCCCUGGCUGAGACCACUGGCUCUGAGAGCCAGCACUUCCCAGUGACAGGAUGUCUCUUCAAGCUGUGUUUCCCUCUUGAACCUCUGUGUCUUGAAAAUACCUUGCCAGUGGCACAGAGAGGUGCCCAUUUUACGAGAGCAUUAACAACUAAGUGACCCUGAGUCUGGGCAGGAGCUGGCUUGGAGAUGAGCUUCUGUCCGACUGUUGGGUCACUGCCAGCUUCCCACCUCCACUGCCACCAUCCUCGUCAUCACCUCAAACUAGAACGUGUGUCCCAGUGCUCACCCCAGGGUGUGAUGCAUUCAGCCUGGUGAGGGUGGGGUAGGAAGACCCUGGAGAGGAAGCUUAGUGUCCCGGUGGAGCCUGGGAGCAAAUGUGUCUGCAAAGAGCAUUUGAAAGAAGUAUACAUGCCUGUGCAUGCACACACCCGUGUGUGCAUGUGUGUGGAUGUGCAUGUGCACCUGUGUUGAGGUGUUUGCGUGCUUGCAUGUGUGUGUGUGCUGAGACCAGAAAGAAAGGGUUGGCAUGAAGGUGCUGGUGCGGGUGCAGGGAGGGGAGGGGCCUGCUUGUUUCUGUCCCUGCCCUCCCUGUCUAAGGAGGGAUGGGGCACAGUAGUAACUGAAGAUGAUAAGGGAAGAAAGUUUCUUUUUAGAGAUUUCUGCUAUAGGGCAAUGGCUGCAGACACUCCUUGCUCACUCCACUCUCCACUGCCUCUACCAGGCUCAUUGCUCUUCCCUCCCGUGCACACCUCGGAGUCCCCUUUCUCCCUUUCUCUGAAGGGAACACGGGGAUCUGAGAAUCAGAGUCACAAGGGACAGAGCUUAUGUUACUCCAGCAGUUACUCCUGAGUCAGAAACUUUCUUCCUGGGACGAGCAGAUGUUGUAAUGGUUGUGUUGCUGGAUUCCCACAGGGUUGACAGUGGUUUGAGUCCCGGACCUGGCAGCUUCCUAUUCAUGCUGGGAGCAUGUGUGUGCAGGCACAAAAUCCCAAGAGGAGG